CGAAACUUGGGCCCACACAGAGCCAGCCAGAGUCUGAACCAGCGAGCAGCUCUUUCACUAAGAAGAAAGUAGAUGUGACCAGCCAGGCCAGCUCUGACCCUCCUGGGAGCCCUCUGUCCCCAAGAGGAGGGGAUAGCACUUCCGACUAUAUGACUACAACAGGUCAGGGAUUGUCUGCAGUAACAGGACACAUGCCACCAACUGCCAGUGCUGAGUCAACAGGCAGCCCCUUGGAGCUCCAAGCAGUCACAUCCCAGACUUCCAGCUCAGGGAGGAACAACAUUGCCCCAGGAACACCUGACCCCCAUCUGACCAUCACAUCGAAACUUGGGCCCACACAGAGCCAGCCAGAGUCUGAACCAGAGCAACGCUUUGGGAUCCUGAAAGCUGAUUUCAACUCUCCAGCUAUCCUGGAAUCUGAGGCCAGAAAAGAAGAGUUUCUGAGAGAGAUACAAGAAGCCGUAAAGGUUAUUUUAGGUCAUGAGCAAUUCAGACUGAAAUGGAUCAGCUUUGAAGAGAACAAAAAGUAG